AUUGUGUGCGACAAUGGAACUGAAAUGAUUAAGGCUGGAUUUGCCGGAGAUGAUGCUCCACUAGCUGUCUUUCCUAACGUUGUGGGUCGUCCUCGUCACAUGUUUGUGAUGGUUGGAAUGAGGCAUAAAGAUGUCUACUUCGGUAAUGAAACUGAUUCAUUGAGAGGCGUUUUAAAUUUAAAAUACCCAAUUGAGGAUGGUAUUGUGAACAAUUGGGACGAUAUGGAGAAAAUAUGGCAUCACACAUUCUACGAUCUGCUUGGUGUUUCCCCAGAAGAUCAUCCCGUUCUUCUUACUGAAUCACCUCUUAACCCCAAGGCUAAUCGUGAAAAGAUGACACAAAUUAUGUUUGAGACAUUUAACGCCCCUUCUAUGUACGUUAUCAAUCAGGCCGUACUUUCUCUAUAUGCAAGUGGUCGUUACUCCGGUAUUAUGUUGGAUUCGGGUGAAGGCGUGACUCACACAGUCCCCAUAUACGAUGGACAAGUCAUUCCACACACAACAUUUCGUCUUGAUUUGGCUGGUCGAGACCUGACAGAUCACUUGAUGAAAAUGCUGACAGAACGUGGUUAUUCAUUUACCACUACUACUGCAGAGAGAAAUAUUGUAAGGGAUAUGAAGGAAAAGCUGACUUACAUAGCUCUGGACUACGAACAGGAGAUUGAGACUUCAAGAACCAGUUCUUCAUCAGUUGAGAAAACCUACGAUCUUCCUGACGGUCAAGUGAUCACUAUUGGUGCUGAGAGGUUCCGAUGCCCUGAGAUACUUUUCCAGCCAUCGAUGAUCAUCGGAAUGGAAGCUGCUGCCGGAAUCCACGAGAUGACUUACAACUCCAUCAUGAAGUGUGAUGUGGGUAUCAGGAGGGAACUGUAUGGACACAUUGUGCUUAAUGGUGGUUCAACUAUGUUCCCUGGUAUUGCAGACAGAAUGAGCAAAGAGAUAACCGCCCUUGCACCUAGUCGCAUGAAGAUAAAUGUGUUUGCACAUCCCUGGAGGAAGUACAGUGUCUGGAUUGGUGGAUCUAUCUUUGCAUCUCUAAGCACUUUCAGGAAGAUGUUGAUUAAAAAGGCAGAGUAUGAUGAAUUUGGAUCUUCUAUUGCUCACAGGGAAGUGCCUCUAUUUGACGACUGA